AUGUCGACAGCUGCCCGACGCCGGUUGAUGCGCGACUUCAAGCGUAUGCAGACCGAUCCUCCUGCCGGAGUUUCAGCAUCUCCCAUUCCCGACAAUGUCAUGACCUGGAAUGCCGUCAUUAUAGGGCCAGCCGACACACCCUUUGAAGAUGGAACAUUCCGGCUCGUCAUGCAGUUUGAAGAACAAUACCCCAACAAGCCUCCUCAGGUCAAGUUCAUCAGCCAGAUGUUUCACCCCAACGUUUACGCCACUGGCGAACUGUGCUUGGAUAUUCUACAAAACCGAUGGAGCCCAACGUAUGAUGUCGCUGCCGUUCUGACCAGCAUUCAAAGUCUACUUAACGACCCCAACACCGGCUCACCAGCGAACGUGGAGGCGUCGAACCUAUACAAAGAUAACCGAAAGGAGUAUACUAAGCGCGUACGAGAGACUGUUGAAAGAAGUUGGGAAGACUAAAAGGGCUCAUGAUAACGCUGGAAUGACGAGGACAUACGGAUAGGCGGCGUUUAGACAGCCACCUAUCCGCUUCAGGAUAUCUGAAGGGGAACUUGGACCUAGCCCCCUCAUCGUCUUCGUGCCGUAUCCAGAAGACUGGGCUCCCAGCAAGAAGGAGGGAAGGAUUCAUUGCAGGCGUUUUGGUGCACGAUAUUGAACUGGUUAUACCAAGGAAGAGGGACGAGUGUUCUCGUAUCAUGUCUUGCUAUUUUCUACCUAGGAUUCAAGCGUUUGUUUUUUGACAUCAUCGCCACUCUGACAGGGAUUACCAAGUAGUGAUUUAGGCGCAGCGGAAUGCCAUAUGUUU